AUGCUUGAUAUACGGGUAAUCAGAGAUUCUGCUGCUCCUACAGAGCCGAAAGAAAAUAUUGCCACAGCUGAUACACCAUCGGAUCAAUCUUUUACAAAUGUUGAUCUCAACUUCGUCUGUGCCUUCGUUCACAAGAAACGUCGACUUCAUCGUGAGAAGCCGGAAGCUGGACAAAAACAGCGCCAUGGGUUCCAGCAUCUGAGACAGGGAGAAAUUCGCGUACUGGAGUUGUACCCAGGUUCACGAGACGAGAAGAUGGGCGGUACCCUUCGAGUCGUGAGCAUAGAUUUUGAAUAUCCAUCUGUGUCGGAACAGAAUGGAAUAAAUCAGGCAAGACAAACAAAUCAUGGCGUCAAUUUAGACUCAUCCGAGCCGGUAUGGUACACCGCACUAUCCUAUGUAUGGGGACCACACGUCUUUGACCAUCAAAUCGUCAUCGAUAACAUUUCAUUCUGGAUCACUGGCAGUUUAGCCUCAGCGCUUCAGCAAUUGCGCUCCAAGACGAACAAUGUGCGGGAAAAGGAAUGUCAGAUACCACUCAUGGGAGCUAUCUAUUCGCAUGCAACCAAUGUAUUGAUCUGGCUGGGCGACGAAGGUGGUCACGCGGAUCCAGGACUGGCAAUAGAAAUCAUGCAAGAUAUCCAUUCGCGAUUACAGCUUGUCGAUCAAGAGACAGGCCCGGGGGAAUUUGAGCGCUUACACUUGCCGCCCAGUAAUGACCGUUCCUGGUGGGAAUUGAAGCGUCUCAUGAGCAAUCCGUGGACACGGAGAACUUGGACCAUCCAAGAAGCAUGCCUUGCCAACUCGCUAUUCGUUGGAUAUGGUGAUGUAGUUGAGAACUGGGACGAUAUGAUCACUUGGUUCUGGACGCUGAGAGAGUCCGGUCUGUUGAAGUGGCUGCGCACGAACGAGGAGAUCAAUCGACUCUGGGCCCCAUCAACAGCUACUAGGGUAGGAGAAGGCGAAAUUGUUCGUUACAUUCAGGAAACGCGCGCGAUGAAGCGGACUCGAGAUAAGGUGUAUGGGCUGCUGGGCCUGACCGAAUUGACCAUAAAGCCCGAUUACUCACUGAGUAAAUCGCAUCUUGAUGUGUUUCGUGAGGCAUGUGUAUCCCAGAUGCCAGAAAACACAUACAGGAUACUGAGUUGCAUCGACCACGACCAACCCCUUCACCCCUCAUGGGUGCCGGAUUGGAGCACCCCCCGCGUAACGCAAGCAUUGGGGUAUUCAACCAAGGCCUGGACACUAUAUCAUGCAGGAGGGGGCCACCUAGGCUAUCGGGGCUCGUCAUAUAAAAGCACUUUGAGCGAAGAUGGGUUGAAGCUUACGUUGUCAGGUAAGAUAUUUGACACAAUUGCGGCGAUAGGGUGCGUUGUAGACAACCCAGUGCUUGAUAUCGAAGACCCAACAGCGAAAAACCAAGCAUGGGCAGGCUACACCGAGUUAGCCUUGCUAGCUAGGGCAGUAGCACGGUAUGCAACGAUAAGUGUGGCUUUGUAUGAUGCUUUCUGGCAAACUCUUCUCGCCGGACGUGAUGGAUCCGGUGUGAAAAAACCCUCUCGAGAUCAUGAAGAGAUCUUUAGCUUGAUAUUGGACUCCUCAACAGGCCAAAUGCCUUCAUUACCAGGCCAAACUUAUGGUCCCAGACGCGUAAAGGAGCUCUUCACGAUGGCUAGUUUAAAGAGGAGGAGACCAGCAAAGAUACUAGCAGAUCUACGAGUCGCAUUCGAAGCUGCUAUGGCGAAGCGUCGAUUCGCAGUCACAACCAAAGGGUAUUUCGCGCUAGUCCCGAGGGGUGCUCGAAUAGGUGACAUGGUAGUUGUCUUUCAAUGGGCGUGUGUCCCUUUUAUACUCAGAGAAUCUGACGCUACGUAUACCACGGGAAAAGAGGGUUUUGAACUUCUUGGUGAAACAUAUGUGCAUGGCAUUAUGGGGGGUGAAAUUGCCGAGGACAACAUAGGUUUCCGUGAUAUCGUGCUUGUGUAA